CCUCUAGAUCCCACUCCCAGGCCAGGACCAAAAGAAUUCGGGCCUAGCCCUGAGGAAAUUCAUAAAUCCACCAAUGUGGUUUACCAGUCCCAUCAUGUUAGUCGAAACAAGAGAGGCCAAAUAGUUGGUACCCGCAGUGGAUUCCGUGGUUGUACGGUCUGGCUGACAGGUCUAUCAGGUGCUGGAAAGACCACCAUUGGAUUUGCAUUGGAGGAGUACUUGGUAACCCACGGUAUUCCCUGUUACUCUUUGGAUGGAGAUAAUAUCAGACAAGGACUGAAUAAAAACCUGGGGUUCACCUCUGAGGACCGUGAGGAGAAUAUCCGGCGUAUUGCUGAGGUGGCCAAACUGUUUGCAGAUGCUGGUCUUGUCUGCAUCACUAGCUUCAUCUCUCCCUUUUCAAAGGAUCGUGAAAAAGCAAGAAAAAUUCAUGAGAACUCCAGACUUCCGUUUUUUGAAAUCUUUGUCGAUGCUCCUUUAGAUAUCUGUGAAAGUCGUGAUGUGAAAGGUCUCUAUAAGAAGGCUAGAGCAGGAGAAAUCAAAGGAUUUACCGGCAUUGAUUCAGAAUAUGAGAAGCCUGAAAGUUCAGAGCUGGUGCUGAAAACAAACCUCACAUCUGUGAAUGAAUGUAUCCAACAAGUUGUAGAGCUUUUAGAAGAGAGGGUAAGUAAAAUGUUCCAGUAUAGUUGGAAGUUAUGCCUACCUUGCUAAAGACAAAAUAACAGCUUACAAGCCAACAGCCGUUAAUAGCUGACAUUUUUAAAAAUAUUUCUAAAAACACACAAAUAAUGAGAGACAGGAAAAGAUCCUUUGGCCCAUCUUGUCUCUGCUGUGAAGCUACAUUGCUUUGUAUUUUACAUACGAUACAUUCCUGACCCCAUCCAAAACCAUGGGAUCCACCUGGAAAAGUGAAAAUCCAAGAUAAUGUAAGGAAAGAAAAUCAGGAAUUCCCUUUCUGACCUGCUUUGGCAGUCAAAACCAGACCAAAUUACUCUGGCCCCAUACAAACAGAAUAGUAUUUUUCUAUGUUAAAUAUUAUUCACCAAUCUAGCAUCCAAUCUCUCAACUGAUCAAGAACUGUUUGUAGUAAGUCAAGCAAAUGUAGUUUCUACAGACAUUCGCUCAGGUCUUGGUAUCAUCUGCAACUUACGGGUAGUUCCCAUAGUACCAUGAUCAAUAAUAAGGUCAGUGAUAAAAUUUGUUCCAAGAAAAAUAAAGAAAAUGUUGUGAAAAAAUUAAUUAACUUCAGUUUCUUUCUUUGCUAGUGGAGCAGCAUUCAGGAUAAAAAAAAGCAUUUUAGUAUUUUAACUUGCUGUUUGGUAAUGUGAGCUUGAGUAUUG